CUGCGGCGCCGAGGCAGCUGCCGGCCGCCGUAGCCCCUGCGAGGGGAGCCCGUGGCCGGGCUGGGAGGAAGAGAAAGGCGGCGAGAGUCGGGUUACAAGAUGGCGGCGGCGCCGCGGUAGCUGCCGAGGCGGCGGAGCGGCGCCAGGGAGGCCCGAGCCGGGGCGCGGCGUCGCCCUCUCGCCGGCGGGGAGCCAUGAAAAGCGGCGCGUUAAAGGCCCCGCGCUGCCCCUGAGCGGCCGCCGCCCCGCUUCCAACCCCGCUCUCGGCUCCAUCGCCCCCCGGAGGCGGAGCGGGCCCGGGGCCGGAGCGCGGGCCCGAGGCCGGUGCCGCACCAUGUCGGACACCCGCCGGCGGGUGAAGGUCUACACCCUGAACGAGGAUCGGCAAUGGGACGACAGGGGCACCGGGCACGUCUCCUCCACCUACGUGGAGCGCCUCAAGGGGAUGUCGCUGCUGGUGCGCGCCGAGUCGGACGGUUCACUACUGCUAGAAUCGAAGAUAAAUCCAAACACUGCAUAUCAAAAACAGCAGGACACCUUGAUUGUUUGGUCAGAAGCAGAGAACUAUGACUUAGCACUGAGUUUUCAAGAAAAAGCUGGCUGUGAUGAAAUCUGGGAAAAAAUCUGCCAGGUUCAGGGUAAGGAUCCUUCAGUGGAAGUCACACAGGACCUUAUCGAGUCUGAAGAGGAGCACAUAGAAGAAAUGCCCGAAACCAGUCCUUUGAUCGACCUUCCUUCUUGUGAACUCAACAAACUUGAAGAGAUUGCUGACCUAGUUACCUCUGUUCUCUCCUCACCCAUCCGUAGAGAAAAGCUAGCACUGGCCUUGGAGAAUGAAGGCUAUAUUAAGAAACUAUUGCAGCUUUUCCAAGUCUGCGAGAAUUUAGAGAACACAGAAGGCUUGCAUCAUUUGUAUGAAAUUAUUAGAGGAAUUUUGUUCCUCAAUAAAGCAACUCUGUUUGAGGUGAUGUUUUCUGAUGAGUGUAUUAUGGAUGUUGUUGGAUGCCUUGAGUAUGACCCUUCUUUGGCUCAGCCAAAACGGCACAGGGAGUUCUUGACCAAAACAGCAAAAUUUAAGGAGGUUAUUCCUAUAACAGACUCUGAACUCAGGCAAAAAAUCCAUCAGACUUACAGGGUACAGUACAUUCAGGACAUCAUCUUGCCGACACCAUCGGUUUUUGAAGAGAAUUUUCUUUCUACCCUUACUUCCUUUAUUUUCUUCAACAAAGUUGAGAUUGUCAGUAUGUUGCAGGAAGAUGAAAAAUUUUUGUCCGAAGUUUUUGCACAACUAACAGAUGAUGCUACAGAUGAUGACAAACGAUGUGAAUUGGUUAACUUUUUCAAGGAGUUCUGUGCAUUUUCUCAGACGUUACAACCUCAGAACAGAGAUGCAUUUUUCAAAACUUUGGCAAAGUUGGGAAUCCUUCCAGCUCUCGAAAUUGUGAUGGGAAUGGACGAUUUGCAAGUUAGAUCUGCUGCUACAGAUAUAUUUUCUUAUCUGGUAGAAUUUAGUCCAUCCAUGGUCCGAGAAUUUGUUAUGCAAGAGGCCCAACAGAGUGAUGAUGACAUCCUCCUCAUCAAUGUGGUCAUUGAGCAGAUGAUCUGUGACACUGAUCCUGAACUCGGCGGGGCUGUUCAGCUGAUGGGACUCCUGCGCACCUUGAUAGAUCCAGAGAACAUGUUGGCCACAGCUAAUAAAACAGAAAAAAGUGAAUUCCUCAACUUCUUCUACAACCAUUGUAUGCACGUUCUUACUGCUCCACUUCUGGCUAAUACAUCAGAAGAUAAAUGUGAAAAAGAUGCAGUAGUUGGGUCCACUAAAAGUAAUACGAUUUGUCCUGAUAAUUACCAGACGGCACAACUGCUCGCCUUAAUCCUGGAGCUGCUUACUUUCUGUGUGGAGCACCACACCUAUCACAUCAAGAACUACAUUAUGAACAAAGAUUUGCUAAGAAGAGUGCUGGUCUUGAUGAAUUCAAAACACACUUUUCUGGCCUUGUGUGCUCUUCGCUUCAUGAGGAGGAUAAUUGGGCUAAAAGAUGAAUUUUACAACCGUUAUAUCACCAAGGGAAAUCUCUUUGAGCCGGUUAUAAAUGCUCUGCUGGAUAAUGGAACCAGAUACAAUCUGCUCAACUCUGCUGUGAUCGAACUGUUUGAAUUCAUCAGAGUGGAAGAUAUUAAGUCGCUUAUUGCACAUAUAGUUGAAAACUUUUAUAAUGCACUUGAAUCUAUCGAAUAUGUUCAGACAUUCAAGGGGUUGAAGACAAAAUAUGAGCAAGAGAAAGACCGGCAAAACCAGAAACUGAACAGUGUCCCAUCUAUAUUGCGUAGCAAUAGAUUUCGCAGAGAUGCAAGAGCCUUAGAGGAGGAUGAAGAAAUGUGGUUCAAUGAAGAUGAAGAGGAGGAAGGUGAAGCUGUUGUACCUCCAGUUGAGAAGUCUAAACCAGAGGAUGAUUUUCCAGACAGCUACGAAAAGUUUAUGGAAACUAAAAAAGCUAAAGAGAGUGAAGAUAAAGAGAAUCUUCCCAAAAGGACUUCAGCUGGGGGAUUCAAGUUCACUUUUUCCCACUCAGCCAGCGCAGCCAAUGGCGCAAACGGUGCAAACAGCAAAUCUGUGGCAGCUCAGACAUCACCAGCAAGCUCCAAUGGCUCGUCUUCCAAGAACGCCACCCUGACCACAGCAGUGACAGCCACGAAGGGAAGUCUAGUUGGCCUGGUGGAUUAUCCUGACGAUGAAGACGACGACGAAGAGGAAGAGACAUCUCCAAGGAAAAGAUCUCGUCUGGGUUCAUAAAGGAAACCAAAACUUUGGAAUAAAAACUUUUUAUUACGGGGUUUCAAAUGCUGCAACUGUUUUAAGAGCUAAAAAGAAUCUGAUUGAGAAAGCUUUCUCCCACGAGUACAUGAGAUAACGCAAGGAGUAGCAAAAGAAACUCGGUCUGUAAGCUAGAAAGGGUUAGUUCUGUAAACACAAGGCUUCCAAGGAACUGAAUGUCUUUCUAGUAAGUAAGGAGUCUGCCAUUCAGGCUGUCAAGAAAAAAAAAAAAAAAGAAAAAGAAAAAAAAAAAAUGGGUUAGUAUUCACAGAACCUGGAUGAUGGCUUCUCAGCAAGGAAAGUCUCAGGUGUUGGGAGGGCGUGGGGGGGAAGGGAACGAUUUCUAAAAAAAAAAACUAUUGCAGGGUUUCCCCAGUGUUUAACAGAACUAGGAAAAAAAAAAAAAAUCAGGCUUAAAUUUUGAACCCGGUAAUCUUAAUUUUGUAAUGGUGCUGUCACAUUGUGUUCUUUUAGCAAUGCCUCUUUAAGAAAAAAAA